AUGAUGACCAACUCCCCCAAAUCCACCUACUUUUCCUUCCCUUCCUACGAGAGUCACUUCAUCACUGAAGUGGAAGAAGCGCCCACUCCAGCCACCGCAGCACUCUCCCAAAAGGCACUCGAGCCGCUGAUUGAUUGUUCCGCUGAAGCCUACCCCAUAAUCCAGCGGGGUUCUCACUUGGAAGCCGAAAUCGAACUGAUCCUUUACCUGAAUGCCCCCAGGAAACCAGCCUCAUUAUUCUCAGAAUCCUCAUCUUCCAACAGUUCUAUCCUCUCUACUUCGUCUUCGAUCAUCAGAUCCAUCAGGAGCUUGUGGCGAUUUGGUUAA